AUGGCCACUCCGAUCUCUCUUGUCUUUCUCGGUAAUAACAAACUGCUCUCCUUCCUGGGGAAUCCGGCACCCCCUCGUGAGAGUCCGGUACGUGGUAUGGGAAUCACGUGGCGUGUGGGGGGCGUCUUCAGUCUUCUGGACAUUGCUUCACCACCAAAACGAGGUAGGUGAGCGGGGGAGAGUGUGAUUUAGGCUGCACAAGUCGGCCUCAUUAUGCUGAUUAUUGCUGCUGCGUCCCCUACGUGGGACACUCUAUGGACGCCGCUGCUUAUGACGAUUAAACUGUCGGGUUAAUAUGUAAGUUGUUGGGAAAGGUCUUAAUUACAUUCUAUCAUGCUACAAAGUGUAAGGUUUGGUUUACUCUACUUUGACAACCUUUUUCAGUACGAAAUACGCUUUUUGAUUUGAGUCAAUGUCUCGUGAAAAUAGCAUUACUGGCAAAGACCGGGGAGACUGGGGCGGCCACUUCUGGGUCGUUAGCGCUCAUUAGUCAGCCGUACCCAACGCGGGACAUGAAAACCCCGAGAUUCAAGCUGUUGGUUAGAAGUCUCACACCCUAAAUACUGAACCACGGGCUCGUUGUCCCGUUGGCUCCGAUGGGGAGCGCGUACCGAUCGCGUUACGGAACUCACUUGUCUCGUUUCGCCUUGAGGCUCUCUCUCGAACCCCUGCAGUAGUCGUACAGUGGUGCGUAAUAUAGUCGGAAUAGCAUUACCGACAAAGACAAGAGAGACUGGAGUGGCCGUCUCCGCCUUGUUAGCCGUCGUCAGCCAGCUGUUCCCAACCGCCGAGGUAUGCAACCCCCGGAGGCUCGAAAAUGAGACCUGCUGGUUAGACGUCUAACGCCAUUCCCUGGCUAUCAUGAGUAUGUUUGCCUCCGGCACCCAGCCCAGCCUCAACCUAAUGUUAUCGAUAACGCCAUUGAGCAUAAAAACCACGAAAUACGGCCUGUUUUCAAGACACUAUACUGUGUGCUCUCAUGGUGCUAUCCGAAUGCUAGUUCUUAUACAAUUGUGCGUGGUGCGGCUGCGAUCAGGCCUGAUUCAACUGGCCUCCAUAAUGUCACGUACUGCAUCUCUCCACGCGUGACGAUCUGCGGCAGUGGAUUUAGGCAGUUCGACCUACUCUCUUCUCUUGCGACGGAGACCGAAUACCGAAGGUCCAAGAACUACUUUCAUGUCUCUACGAAGUGCGUCGAGCCAGGUUAUGACACCUUCAGAUGGCCAACGUCUCCGGGCAAUAUAAAUGAGUUCGUGAGGAGGAGAAGAAGAAGAGGAAGAAGAUGAUGAUGAUGAUGAUGAUGAGGAGGAGGAGGAGGAGGAGGGGGAGGAGGAGGAGGAGGAGGAGGAGGAGGAGGAGGAGGAUGACGAGGACAAGGACGAGGACGAGGCGGAGGAGGAGGAGGAGGAGGACGACGACGACGACGACGACGACGACGACGACGACGACGACGACGGCGGCACCGGACACGUACCCAAGCCAUCUGGGUCGUCUUUUUUCGAGCGAUCUGAGAUGUCCCCGCGGUAUUGCUGCAGCGAGUGUGGUCUGCAGCAUUUAAGACAAAGUCGGUGUACUCAAGCAGUGAUAUAAAAAUUCCUCUAGCUUUCGUUCACGCACACUCAAAGCAGUUGAGAGAGAGAGGUUGUAUUGGAGGAGAAUUUGGGCAGUGAUGGAGCGAUAGUAGGUUCUGAUCAUGACGGUGAUUUUGCCCUGCAAAUCAUCUAGUUCUCACCAUUCGCCUAAAGGACUCACAAUAGACAGGAUCGAACGCAUUGGCGACGUCAACAAAGCACACGGCUAUCUGUUGCUGGUAAAAAGGUCGAAUUCAAGACUGAACCGUAGCACAUCCACACCCUACUUGGAAUCCGGCUUGGUUUGGCCUCCUUCUAGUCACACACAGUUUAGAAUUACCUGAAGGGGACAACAGCGAAGCCCUUCGCCGAUGCCGCGGCAGCUCUCGCACUUUGUUUUGUCUCCUCUUGGGGAACCAGUUGUACUCAAAAUCCACAAGAAACCCCAAGAAAAUGUCCGACUAAAGAACGAUAGUUCAGAGACUGAAGUAACUUUUUGCAAGGUCUUCGGGUUCUCCCCUCUGUACUUCCCACACAGGCACUUCUGGCCGCCAUAG